CAUACAUAAAUUGCUCAGAUAAGAGAGAAAAAUUGGAGCAACAGUAAAAUGUGCAAAACUCACCAAGAUCUGUUUCGUAUCCAGGUAACAGAGCCCAGUGUUUCUGUUAAAGAUGUUAUUAAGAAAAUCGUACGAAGUGGAUACGUUGAAGAUGCGUUUUACGUUUGUGACGUGAGCGAUAUUGUAAAGAAGUAUAAUUAUUGGAAAAGGGCAAUGCCAAGGAUUGAAACUUAUUACGCUGUAAAAUGCAAUCCACAUAGGUUGGUGCUUGAAACCUUGGUUGCCAUGAAGUCAGGUUUUGACUGUGCUUCGAAAGAAGAGAUCAAGAAAAUGCUUUCUCUGGGUGUUCCUCCAAACAAAAUCAUUUACGCACAUCCUACGAAGAAGUUGAGUCAUUUGAAGUAUGCCGCAGAAGUUGGAAUUGAGAUGAUGACAUUUGACAAUGAUAUGGAGUUGCACAAGAUCAAAGACAUGUUUCCAACAGCUAAGUUAGUUCAUUCUAUUACUUGUUGCUAUUCAUUUGGCUAA